AUGCAAAGCUUUCUUUAAAAAUCACAGACAAAACGAUCUCUGAAAAAAAAACAAGCUCCUUCAAUGGAAGACGAUCAAGUAGAAGAAGAAGAAGAAGAUAGUCUCUCACCCUCCGAUUCAAGCGACGAGUACACUGUCGAUCGCGAAGAAGAAGACGACGACGGCGAGGAGGGAGAGCGACGAGUGGCACAAUAUCCACAGUUCGAUGAAGAUCGCAAGUCGAAGAAUGUAGACGAUCUUUUGAGAGGCAACCUUGUAGUAAGGAGACAGUCACUGCUUCCUCGAGUUCUUUCAGUGACAGAAGGGGCAGCUAUUUGUCGGAAACCCUUUAAACCCCCAUGUUCCAAUGGUUAUAAUGAUGGAAAUGAACAGCUUGCUCGUCGACUUUGGGCCCGGAAACGGUUCGUUCCAUGGGGUUCUUCAAGACCAGUGUUGGUUGCAGUAACAAAUAUAUUUAAUGUACCAAGUGUGGUGGAGAACGAAGUAGUGGAGGAAAGUGUGACUUUGCCACCCGGUAUUGAUCCUUUGGUGUUGUGGCAACCUGAAGAGUCUGAGGAUGGAGUUGGUAAUUUGAUGCCGAUAGUGGUGGAUCCUUUGCUUGUUCGGUUCCUUCGACCUCAUCAAAGAGAAGGGGUUCAGUUCAUGUUUGAAUGUGUUUCGGGAUUUUAUAGCACUGCAAAUAUUAAUGGAUGCAUUCUGGCUGAUGAUAUGGGUCUGGGGAAGACACUGCAGUCAAUCACAUUGCUGUACACUCUUCUUGGUCAAGGGUUUGAUGGAAAGCCUAUGGUUAAAAAAAUCAUUAUUGCCACCCCAACCAGCCUUGUAAGUAAUUGGGAGGCUGAAAUCAAAAAGUGGGUUGGGGAAAGAGUUAAGCUUAUAGCUCUCUGUGAAAGCACCAGAGAAGAUGUUAUCUCUGGGAUUGACACUUUCACAAAUCCUAGCAGCCCUUUCCAGGUUCUGAUUGUUUCUUAUGAGACGUUCCGGAUGCAUUCUUCAAAAUUUAGCAAUAGUGAAUCUUGUGACCUUCUCAUAUGCGAUGAGGCCCACAGACUUAAAAAUGAUCAGACAAUAACAAAUCGGGCACUGGCUUCCCUGUCAUGCAAACGCCGCAUCUUGUUGUCAGGAACUCCAAUGCAAAAUGACCUAGAAGAGUUUUUUGCAAUGGUUAACUUCACCAAUCCAGGAGUUUUGGGUGAUGCUGCAUAUUUUCGCCGUUACUAUGAGACACCAAUCAUUUGUGGAAGGGAACCAACUGCCACUGAAGAAGAGAAGAAGCUAGGUGCUGAACGCUCAGGAGAGUUGAGUGUGAAAGUAAAUCAGUUUAUACUGAGAAGGACAAAUGCAUUGUUAUCAAAUCACCUGCCGCCAAAGAUUGUAGAAGUUGUUUGCUGCAAGUUGACUCCUCUCCAGGCAGAGUUAUAUAACCAUUUUAUACAUUCAAAAAAUGUUAAACGGGCAAUCACUGAAGAGGCAAAGAAAUCAAAGAUAUUGGCCUACAUCACAGCUCUUAAGAAGCUGUGCAAUCAUCCAAAGCUUAUCUUUGACACCAUAAAAAACGGAAGUCCAGGAAUUUCAGGGUUUGAGGACUGCAUGCGCUUUUUCCCUCCUGGGAUGUUCUCUGGAAGAUCUGGUUCAUGGACUGGUGGUGAUGGGACUUGGGUUGAACUGUCUGGUAAAAUGCAUGUCUUGGCCCGAUUACUUGCCCAUCUACGUCUGAGAACAGAUGAUCGCAUUGUACUUGUCUCAAACUAUACUCAGACACUUGACCUUUUUGCUCAAUUGUGUCGUGAAAGAAGAUAUCCCCAUAUAAGGCUUGAUGGAACCACAUCAAUCAGUAAAAGACAGAAGUUAGUUAAUCGCUUUAAUGAUCCAUCAAAGGAAGAGUUCGUAUUUCUCUUAAGCAGUAAGGCUGGUGGCUGUGGCCUCAAUCUAAUCGGUGGUAACCGACUUGUCUUGUUUGAUCCGGACUGGAAUCCUGCCAAUGACAAGCAAGCAGCUGCGAGAGUUUGGCGGGAUGGACAAAAGAAGAGGGUAUAUAUCUACAGAUUCCUGAGCACCGGAACCAUUGAAGAAAAGGUUUAUCAGCGUCAAAUGUCAAAAGAGGGGCUUCAAAAAAUUAUUCAGCAUGAGCAAAAUGAUAGCCUUGCGGCACAGGAAAAUUGUCUUUCAACUGAAGAUUUACGUGAUUUAUUCACAUUUCAGGAGAAUGUCAGGUCUGAAAUACAUGUAAAGAUGAACUGUGCCCGCUGUCUAUUUUCUGAUGGGGAACUUGAGGGCAUAGGAGAUGUAGAUGAAUCUACAUAUGAGAAUUGUAUGCCCAAUCAAGAGGUGUUUGAUAUAGGUGGCUUUGCCGCAAUUGCUGGAUGCCUGGACAAGUUGAAGAGCUCAGAGAAGCAAGUAGGGACUCCUUUGGAAGAGGAUUUGGGCAGCUGGGGGCAUCACUUUCACUCGACAUCAGUGCCUGAUACUAUACUUCAAGCUUCAGCUGGUGACGAGGUUUCUUUUGUCUUCACGAACCAAGUAGAUGGGAAGCUUGUACCAAUUGAAUCAAAGCCAAGUCCAAGGGUGCUGGGGAUAAAAGGGAACGAGAGCCGGCUCAAUGAUAAAGAAAAUCUGGACCAAAAUCCGAAGUUAUCUCGUUAUCAGAAACCACAACAAUCUCUAUCUUCCAACAUAGAUGUAUCUCGUUAUCAGAAACCACAACAAUCUCUAUCUUCCAACAUAAAUGCUAAAAAGGUCACACCAUCUGCCUCUCUCAUACCUUUGCAAAGACCAGGUGUGAAAAGGAUGAGAACUCCUUUAAAGGGAAUGGCUAAUGCAGAAUUAAAAUCUAAACUCUCUUUUGGAAGUCAACUGCCAUUGAAAAGACCAUCUCCUUCCGAUUUAGAACAUGAUGAUAAUUUUCAGUAAAAUUUUUGCAGCACAGUUAUUUUUA